AGCCCCGCCUCUCGCGCGCUGCUCGCCUCGUGCGGCUGUUGUCGCUGCUCCGUCAAACAGCAGCAUGUAUGCUAGCAGGCGGCGAGCCCCUAUGACCUGCAACGAUUUACGCAGAGUGAGUGUGACAGCUUCCGUUGAACAAUAAGCAGGGGGAGAAUGAGAAGAAGAGGCUUCGGUUUUUACUCGUAGGUUCAAAGAAGAAGAAAAUAAAGACUUUGACAUGAAGAAAGAUAUAGAUGCACUGAUAGAAGAGGAACGGGCUGAAAUCAUCUCUAAAUAUGACAAGGGCAGACAAGAUGGUAUUAACAUUGACCCAUGGGAGGAUGCCAACUACAACAUCUAUAAAGUCACGGACCGCUUCGGCUUCCUGCAUGAGGAAGAACUCCCAACACCUACUGCACUUGAAGAGAAGCAAAAGCACCAGGAUAUUGAACGAGUUCAAAAAUGGCUGAAGAUGGUGAAGAAAUGGGACAAGUACAAGAACAGUGAAAAGUUGGUGAAGCGUGUGUUUAAAGGUAUACCUCUCCAGUUGAGAGGCCAAGUUUGGGCCUUGCUUUUGGACAUAGAAAAAGUUAAGCAAGAAAAUACAGGAAAAUAUGAGAAAAUGAAGCAGCAAGCUCGUAGCUUCUCAACAGAGAUCAAGCAGAUAGACCUGGAUGUCAACAGAACCUUCAGGAACCACAUCAUGUUCAUGGAUCGCUUUGGAGUCAAGCAACAAGCUCUAUUUCAUGUGCUGGCAGCUUACUCUGUCUACAACACGGAGGUGAGCUACUGCCAGGGCAUGAGUCAGAUUGCUGCCAUCCUGCUCAUGUACCUGAAUGAGGAAGAUGCCUUCUGGGCUUUAUCUCAGCUCCUCACCAACAGCAAGCAUUCCAUGCAUGGGUUUUUUAUCCCUGGAUUUCCCAAGCUGCAACGCUUCCAGGCUCACCACGAACUCAUCCUCUCCAGUAUGCUGCCCAAGCUGAAGAAACACCUGGACAAAGAGCAGAUGACAACAGGGAUUUACACCACCAAAUGGUUUCUCCAGUGCUUUAUUGACAGAACCCCUUUCACUCUCACAUUACGUUUAUGGGAUAUCUACAUAUUGGAAGGAGAGAAGAUACUAACUGCUAUGGCCUAUACAAUCCUCAAGUUACACAAAAAGCGCCUGAUGAAGUUUCAGUUGGAGGACCUGAGGGAGUUUCUUCAGGAGCAGAUGGCUAAUUCUUUCCUCUUUUCUGACGAUGGGGUGAUUGAACAUUUACAGGCUUCAAUGUCAGAACUGCGCAGUAAAAAACUGGAUCAACCUCCUCCAGCCAAGUCGGAUGAGCUGCCAAAGAAGCCUCUGGGUCAGGAGAGACCAGUUCUUGUGCCAUUGCAGUCUGACUCACCUGUGGAGGUCAAAGUAAAUCUGCAGGCUAACAACAAGUCCAUUACAGAGACCUGCCAAACAGGUGGCUCCACUCUGCAACAAACUCCUUCCUCCACAGAAUCCCAGAAUUCAAAAAGUCUCUCUGGACCAGACACGCCUUCAUUGGACAUCGAUGUCCAGAUGCAAGGAACACCUUCCUCCCUGAGGUCUUGUGUAGUGCCUCCAUUACUCCCUAAAGCAAACAAGCCCACUGUUAAAGUAGGGUUGGUGAGCAACACAAAGGACUUGCUCCCAGAGGUUUGCAUAAAUGAUAAAAAUCACAAGAACCAAACAAAUACGCCAGAGUCCCAAGAGGAGUUUAUGGAUUGGCCUCCACCGUAUGAACCUUCUGCUUUAGACACUAUUACCAUGCAGACUGAAGAGGAAAUCAAGGACCUUCCAGACUUACCACCUCCACCCUUCUUCCCUGAACAGAGUGAGCAAAGGUCUCUGAAAAAUGAGUCUUCUACCUUGAGGGCCACGACUGGCUCGGAUAUCCAACGUCGCUCUCCUUCCCCUCUAUCAACCUCACCACUGGUCACACAGAUGCAGGCAUCCCCCAAACCGAGUCCAAAACCACCUUUUUCUGUCAAUGGCACAAAGAGAAAAAGUCCUCCUCACUCCGCCUGCACAUCAUCCUCAUCUUACUCUCCCAGACUUCUGCCCGCAAAACCAACAAAGUUCCCAAUUUCCCUCUACGUCCCUGCGUCCAUGGGAGACAGACGGCCUUCCAACACCUCCCAGUAUGACAACCUCUCUGAGGCAGAUGACGACGAUCGCUUAGUGGAGAGACUGCUGGCCUCAACUCCUGAGGAGAAUCCCAGCAUGCACAGCGUCCCACCUUAUACCACUGACAGAAACUAUGACCCUACCUUCUACCCUGUGCCUCCACCUCCUGUCUUCAUUCCUCCAUCUCCAUCCCCUGUUCUUACUGCAAUGUGCGCUCUCCCCAGCUUGCCUCAAGAGCCAGAAUAUAGAGGCGAGGACAGCUGGGUGGAGAAUUCAAUUAUUCACUCUCCUCCACCCAGUUUUGCUGACAGACUUGUUCCAUUUCAGUGUACCACCGCCACCUGUUCAGACACACACACAGCUGCAUCACCAGUCUACUCCAAGAAUUUUUCCAGAGGCCCCAGAGACCAUUCUGCUUUUCCAGCACCUUUGUUGUAUACAAGGUCUCCCUCAGGUCCCUCCAGGUGCUCAGGACAGUCACCAGUAGGUGUGGUCCUGGUUCAGUCCAGCCCAGACUUUUGUAGGACUCCUCCUGGUGGACAGAAGCUGCCAAAGUCUAUAACUUUUUGA